AUGCAGUUUGAGAUGCACGACAACGUGAAAGGCAAAGCCAUGUCCUAUCCAGUGACCAGUCAGCCUCAGUGUGCCAAUACUUGCUACCAGACACAGCUCAGCGAUUGGCACACCGGCCUCACCGACUGCUGCAACGACAUGCCCGUCUGUCUGUGCGGCACUUUCGCUCCGCUGUGCCUCGCCUGCCGAAUCUCUGACGACUUCGGGGAGUGCUGUUGUGCACCGUACCUGCCCGGAGGCUUGCACUCUCUGCGCACGGGCAUGCGGGAGCGCUACCACAUCCAGGGCUCCGUCGGGCACGAUUGGGCUACCCUCACCUUUUGCCUCCCCUGCGCCCUCUGUCAGAUGGCGCGGGAACUGAAGAUCCGCGAGUAAGAACGUCCUCUCCCCUCUCCCUAGUCCCUGGUCACGCCUGGCCUCUCAGGAGAUGGGAGGGGGGCACUCCUUGGAAAGCCUGUCCCACUGCCCUUUGCC